GAAAGAUAUAUUCUUUCAGUGAUGGAACUCACAAUGGAAAACCUUGGAAACCUCCACGGCGUCUCGCACUCACAAGCCGGGGAACUGAUGAGCUCCACGCACGCCCGGCAGUCCUCCGCCCCUUCACACCGGAAUCUGGUUUCUCACGCACACGGCCGGUCGGCCAUGGUGUCCAGUAUGGCCGCGAUCCUGGAUGGUACCGGGGACUACCGGACAGACCCAUCGGCGCUCUCUGGUCACCUCCACCCGGCUAUGAGCAUGUGCGAGUCCGGGAUGAGCCUGAGCAACACCUACACCACCCUGACCCCUCUCCAGCACCUACCUCCCAUAUCCACGGUCUCCGACAAGUUCCACCACCCACACCCACACUCCCACCACCACGCAGCCGCCCACCAGCGACUCUCCGCGGGGAACGUCAGUGGGAGCUUUACUUUGAUGAGGGAUGACCACCGGGGUCUGGCGUCUAUGGGAAACCUGUACGGCCACUACCCUAAAGAUAUGUCCGGCAUGGUCCAUGGGUCACUCUCCCCGCUGUCCAACGGUCUCGGCUCUUUACACAACUCCCAGCAGACGCUCUCAGCCUACGGCCCAAGUGCUCACCUUACUAAUGAUGCCAAGAUGCUCUCUCCGGUGACAGGCUUCGAGUCCCACGCCGCAAUGCUGUCCCGGAGCGAGGAGCACCUUGCCAGGGGUUUAGGAGGCCAUGGGCAUGGCAUGAUGUCCAACCUCAACGGGAUGCACCAUCCGCACAGCCACCUUCACUCCCAGGCCAAUGGGGCAGCGAUGCUGGCCGAGCGAGAGAGGCACGGGGCUGGGUCCGGCCAUGGAGGAGGGUCGGGAGGGCAGGCGGAGGAGAUCAACACGAAGGAGGUGGCUCAACGGAUAACGGCAGAGCUGAAGCGCUACUCAAUUCCCCAGGCGAUUUUCGCCCAGAGGAUCCUAUGUCGGUCCCAAGGAACCCUCUCGGAUCUUCUGCGGAACCCCAAGCCGUGGAGUAAACUCAAGUCAGGCCGGGAGACGUUUAGGAGAAUGUGGAAGUGGCUCCAGGAGCCCGAGUUUCAGCGGAUGUCUGCCCUUCGGUUGGCGGCCUGUAAGCGGAAGGAGCAGGACCAGGGUCGUGAGAGGAACCUGGUCCCCAAGAAACAGCGGUUGGUAUUCACGGACCUGCAGCGCCGCACGCUGGCGGCCAUCUUUAGGGAGAACCGCCGUCCAUCCAAGGAGAUGCAGAUCACCAUCAGCCAUCAGCUAGGCCUGGAGCUCUCCACCGUUUCCAACUUCUUCAUGAACGCUCGCCGACGCUGCCACGCCGACCGCUGGGGGUCCACUGGAGGCGCAGAGGGGAACGAGCACGCGGGUGUGCACGGGAGCGUGCACGGGCACGGUCAUAUGCACGCUCAUGGGAACAACAACAACACCGGUUUAUCCCCGGCACAACCGGGCACCUCCUCUGCUACCACCUUCUCCAAGGCCUGAGAGGGAGGGGAAGAGGGUGGUGGAAUCUAAAGCAGAGGUCACUGACCCUGGUGGUCCUGGAGGGAUGUAGUGUGUGCAUGCUUUUUUUCCAGCCCAGCACUAACACACCUGAUUCAUCUACUGAGUUGAAUCAGGUGUAUAUGACCAUUGAUCUGAAGGUGUUCUCUUUUUGUGCUGAAUCUCGCCCUUUACUCUAUUUACUUUUGUCUGUCAGAAAUCAAAGAGAAACCAAUGGGUCUGGGGAGGAUGUAUUGGUAUCCCAAAUUAUCCCCAGACACUUUAGUUUGAGCAAAUCUGUCAGUAAACCAAAGGGAAAACGAUCCAGAGAAAUUCUGAGGGUCUGUUCAAAUCUAAAAUAGCUAAGAUCAGUUAGGCCCACAGAAUCGCUUUCUCUCUCUUUUGGGAUUGAUCGGUCCACAAGCUUAAGUUUUUGACUAAUGGACCAAGCAAAUACACCAAAGACAAGCCCAUGGUGAUAGAACUGACUGCACAACAUCAGUGGCCAUGUGUGUGAAAAAGGCAAGGAUAAACAUGCAGACAUGUUCUCUUGUCCUCUGCUCAGUCAGAAAAACACACCUUUCACUGUUUGUGUGUGUGUAUGUUCUGUCUAUGCAUGUAUGCUUGCGUGUGUGUGUGUACAAUUCCAUUCCAGGGGGUGUAAUUUCUGAGCAGCAAUCUGUUUUCUGCAGUGCAAGUGCAAGAGUGCCACCUGCUGGUCGUUACAUCACACUGUUGAGUGUUUCUGUGUGACAGGAGUAGGCAAAUAAUUUUUAUCAGAGCGCACGGUCGGGGGGCAGGAACACAGUUAUAAUAAUUUGUACGCUGCAAAUUGACCACAACUAAGCCCAAAAAGAGAUUGUAUUUGAAAAUAACAAUAAUUUCAUUCCUUGAUUACAUUGAGACAUGCACGAUCACGUCUAAUCUUUUAUUCGUUGGAAUAAUUUGGAGCAGACGUCCUAAAUUAAAGUAAUUUUUUGCUGAAUUCCUUGUGAUUUGACAGUAUUUUUGACCAAAUGCUAAAAUCCCCCAAAAUUAUGAUUAUUAUGUUUUACUAAAAACUUUGGCGGGGCAAAAGAAAUCACUCACUGCCCAGUUUUGGCCCGUGGGCCGCCUGUUGCCUACCCCUGCUGUCUGACACCACAUUUCAAAAGUCUACCCGUCUCCGCUCCUUCAUCUGCACUGAUAUAAGACCUAGACAGGUGAAAGCCAAAUGCCAGAAGAUCAGUCAUUACACUGUUUCACCUAUCCUGCACUUUCAGACCAGAGCAGAUGAAGGAGUGGUUUGAGACAUACACACACACACAGCCUGAGCUGCUUUGUUUUUGGAACAGAGGACAUGUCUCAAGACUAUCAUCCAUAAUCAUCUUUUGAUGUUGAUUUGAUUAAGGUUCCAUUUUUAUGUAUGGCUGUUAACUAUGUAGCUACUGGAGGGUAUGUUUAGGUACCAAAGAGUAACAAUCAAAUGGGAAUCAUCUGGACCUUAUUGAGUGUCCUAUCAAGGUAACGAGAGGAGAUUGCCCUGCUCUAGUGGCCAAACCUAAGGGUCAAACUUCACAAUAUGAUAUGAGUGCCAAUGACGUUUACCCUUUUAUGAUAAUCAGAGAGAGCGGGUGCAGCUCCCUCACUUACCACGCCCCCUUGUGGGCAGCCAGUGCCAUAGCAACCAACACAUCAUUCUAGAUCCCCUUAUAGAGAGGAAUUGGACGGGAAGAUGUGGCCAUUCCAUACCUCAGAACAAUGGAUUCAUGGAUAUGAUCAAAACUAACCAGAACAUCAUGAAAAUGAACUGUAAAUAAACUCUUUCCUUCAAGCUUCCUCUCCUCUCCUCUCCUCUCCUCU